AUGGUGUUCAUCAAGAACAAGAAAUCGCGAAGAAAAUCCUCCAAGGAGGCUUCACCUGAAGAGAAGGAUGACAAACCUCCCGAGAUCGACAAGCCCGAUCCAGAAUUAUAUCUGGCCAGGCUAGCAGCGAAAUUCGGAUUCGGGUCUGCGGACUUUUAUGACGUUUUUUCCCUCCCUACAACCAUCGAGGCUCCUGCAGCUCCUUUGCCCCUUAUAUUAAGGCUUACCGUACUAAAAAUUCAUAUUGAGGAGCAUCUCUGUUCCCUUUCGAUGUGAGGGGAAAACACGCCAAAGAUGCUUUUCAAAAUGAAUUGUUGUGAGCUCUAAUUUUUUUCAAAGGGGAGCCUCGAUGGUCAGUCUGAAUGGAAAAAACCACAAAUCCAUAACUUUGCGCAGGCAUCUGGUGGCGCGUCUCCCAAGUUCAGCUUCAGAACACUAGCACUGGAACGUGGUCGCGAUUUGUCUCCGGAAAAGAGGACAGAAGCAGGUCUCGAUCAACAACAUCCUGCUCAACAACAUCCUGGAGCUCCUCCACAUCAGCGACAGAGGCUGUUGUUUUAUGACGAAGGAGAAAGCAAAAAUGACGAUUUUUCCUCUGAUGAUCAGGUGUAUUUUUCAAAUAUGCGUAGUGGAGGACGAGGAGGAGGAACAGUUGGUGGGGAGGCUUCUAGAAGGAGCCCUUCAGCGAACCAGAGAGGCUCAUCCGCUAAUAAACACAACAAGGAGCAACAGAACGAAAGUAAGAAACAAGUACUGUUUCAACAAGCACGAGGACCUUCUAGUUCCACCAAUAAUACAGUACAGCUUUGAGUACCGCAGCAGGAGGACGACACGGAGAUCAAAAUCUCAUAGAUGUUUCAGAUUUCCCCAAAGAUUUGCGACAGCUUCUGCGUGGACUCAGAUGCGCAUCUAG